UCGUCGUUCAAGGUCUUCUGGCGCAAGUUAGUCGUUGAGGCAGUCUGUUGUGGGGCCUUGGUCGGGGCAGGCGUCACGCAUUAUCUUGGAAACGGCUGUGGGCGGUCCUGAUCGUCGUUAUAGAGUUCAAAACUGGUCAAGUCAGCUUCCAAAUGAAGGAAUUGAAUGUCAAAAAUUCAUCAAAUGUACAUGAUGCAACAAAGUGGAAGGGCUGCAAGCAUUAUCAAAGGAAAGCAAGAUUAGUGGCCCCAUGCUGCGACAAAGUUUACGUAUGUCGCCUCUGCCAUGACGAGAAUGAAGAUCAUCAAAUGAAACGUCAUAUGGUGGAGGAAGUGGUGUGUGCCUCGUGCGACCACCGCCAGCCGGUCUCCAACUCUUGUGCCCAAUGUAAAACAGUAUUUGGCAAGUACUACUGCAGCGAGUGUCGUCUUUAUGAUGAUACAGAGAAACAACAGUAUCAUUGCAACGACUGCGGGAUAUGCAGAUGUGGCGGACGGGACAAUUAUUUUCACUGUGACAGGUGUGACCUCUGCGUGCCAAAGUCCUUGGAAAACAGUCACAAGUGUCUGGAGAAAGGCGGACACAUGGACUGCGGCGUCUGCCUGGAGGAUAUCCACUCCUCGCGGUCUGGCUCCCGCUCGCUGCCCUGCGGCCACAUGCUGCACACGCCCUGUCAAGAGGAUCUGCUGGCUCACGGCAUCUCCACGUGCCCGAAAUGCAACGCCUCCGUCUGCAACAUGGACCUGAUCUGGCGGAGGAUGGACAAGCAAAUCAAACGCUGCGCCAUGCCGCCCGAACUGCGCCACUGCUUCGUCGACGUGCUCUGCAGGGAUUGUCACCGACGCGGCGAGACCCUCUUCCAUCACAUCGGCUUGAAGUGCACUGACUGCGGCUCGUACAACACCGUGCGGGAGCCCGGCCCUGUGACACGGCGGCCCCGGACCUCGGGAUUCUUCGGUAUCCUCGACCACGUGCAGAACUUGAUUGGCGCAUUGUGAGGGUGACUGCUGGCCGGGCUGAUGGCGUGCCGUCCUGAUGGAGCACACGGCGCGCGUGGGGAAGACGGGACGCGUCUGCGCCCCCCGGCCGGCGGGCGCACCCCCGUGUGACGACGUACCGCAGAUGUGAUAUGUGCCUGGAUAUGGGGGACGGCGGUGUGCUGUGUCAGAUGACGCCGAGGACAGGCGGAUCUGUGGCGAGCAUCGCUGCUGGGAAACUUCAUAAUUUUUGUAGGUGUUUAGUUGCGAGAUCUGUGGAGCGUCGCAGUGGAUAUAUGCCGUGUGAUUGUCGAUAUGGAAGGAUGUGACGACCCCGAACCGAACGCCACUCGUACGUUUCGCUCGUUUCCGAAGUAACGAGCAUGCAACUAGCAUUGCACUUCGUGGUCUCGUUCAUGCGCGGGGUCAGUUCGGUUUGGUGGGUCACCUGACACGGCGUCCCGCUCGUCGCCGCCGAUCAGCUCCGGCAGCUGGCCAAAGCUGUGCGUUGCGAUCAGGGAAGGUGACGGGGGAGGGGGAUGGGAGUGAGUGGGUCUGACCAGCGCCAGGUACACCGGAACUGGACCCGCUCGUUACUCUGUGGCUUAGUGGGGUUUUGCUCUGCUAAUGGGUCAUCACGGCAUCCAUUUAGGUGCUUUGCUUCUCGGGUUGCGUGGAUGGGGAGGGGGAUUUCACCGCCCGUUCAGGUGUGGAGCUAGGCCAGGUACCUUAUGGUCUGGUACCUUAUGGUUCUUAUCUCUAUCUUGUUCUUAUGCUCUUAUGUACCUUAUGGUUGAGUACCGUAUGAUAGGUACCUUAUGGCUCAGCUAGGUACGUUAUGGUCUGUGGCAGUGUCUGCAUUCUAGCUACCAGUUAUGGUCGGCGUCGCCAAGCAUUAUCAAGCAUGUAACACAUACCAGUGGUAGCCUCACCAAACCUAUUCGGGACCAGUAUAUAAAUUAUUCAUCUAGUGGCUUACAACAAGGUCCACAAUACAUUCGACACGUUUCUCUGCCAUACACAGACGCGAUGUUAGUCAUGAAAGUGGUGUAAGCUGUAUUUUCGUUUUGUGAGGCAAUACGCUGGUCACGAUGUUUUAUUCGCAACACACGUUUAUCCAUAACGUGGUCUUUGUUUUUCAUAUACUGCUUUUAAUACAUCUUCCCUGAUCGAAAA